AACUCAUUACGAUAUUAUGCACCUAAGUUUCAAAAUAACUUGUUAGGAUCAUACUGCACAAACGAAUUAUAUGUAAAACUGUAUAGAGAAUCCAACUUUGUCGGCAAAUAUUUUGUCAAAAUGACUUAUUAGCCAAUCACAUCUCAUUCCAACUAAGCCACACCUCAUCACUUCAAACAUUUUUCUCAUCCAUAUAAAUCAUUUACCUCUCAACCUCACUUUUCCACUAUACUCAAAACACAUAAACUCAUCUUCAAAACUCAAUGGCCACCACUCCUCUCCUCCUCCUUCUCCUCACCGCCGUCUUCCUCUCCACGGAGAUAACCGCUCAACGCGCUGCUCCGGCUCCUGGCCCGGCUGGUCCCAUCAACAUCACGGCAAUCCUCGAAAAAGGCGGACAAUUUGUUACUCUUAUCCGUCUUUUAAACACAACUCAAAUAGGAAACCAGAUAAACAUCCAAAUCAACAGUUCAUCAGAAGGCAUGACCGUGUUAGCACCAACAGACAACGCUUUCCAAAACCUUAAACCCGGAACCCUAAACAAACUAAGCCCGGACGACCAAGUCAAACUCAUUCUUUACCAUGUCAGUCCCAAAUUCUACACAUUGGAAGAUCUUCUCUCUGUAAGUAACCCGGUCAGAACUCAGGCUUCAGGUCGAGACGUUGGUGGGGUUUACGGACUUAACUUCACCGGUCAAGGGAAUCAAGUCAAUGUAUCUACUGGUGUCGUUGAGACACGUCUCAGUACUUCAUUGAGACAAGAACGUCCUCUUGCGGUUUACGUGGUGGACAUGGUAUUGUUGCCGGAAGAGAUGUUUGGAGAACGUAAGAUCUCACCGAUGGCGCCUCCACCAAAAUCAAAAUCUCCUGAUGUCUCAGAUGAUUCAGAGUCCUCUAAGAAAGCGGCUGCUCCGUCAGAGUCAGAGAAGUCUGGCUCCGGUGAGAUGAAUACUGGAUUAGGGCUUGGUCUUGGACUUGUUGUGUUGUGUUUGAAAUUCCUCCUUUGAGUUUGUUUAUAUAUAUUGAUUUAAUUGUGCGGGUUGUAAUAAGAAAUUUCUAUAUGUUUAUUAUGAUGCAUGAUUUGAAAACUGAAAUAAGAGAUUAUUAUUUCGUGUGCAUAUAUAUGUAUUUUCUGAAAUAUAUACCAUGUUCUGAAGAUAUUUGUAUUAUUAUUAGUUCUUUCGAUCUGAAAAAUUGACAGCCUCAUACGAUUGCAAUAUACAAG